AUGCGUUUCUCAACAGUAGUUUCCGCCCUUUUGCUUUCCAGCACCUCGCUGGCAACACCAGCCCAAGCCUCUUCAGCACUGGGCAAUGCCUCAUCACAGGGGGCUCCUGAGGAACAUCCUAUAGCUCAGACACCGGCUGCUGCGGAGGCGACUGCCGCUGCUGCUACUGCCGCCGCUGCUGCUCAACCGAGUGAUAAUGCUAGUCAACAACCGAACUUCAAUGCCAACCAGCAGCCAACUGCUGAGCCCAGCCAGCAACAAAGUGCCAACGACGAACAACAGCAGCCGACUGCCAACGUCGCUCCACAAUCGAACGCUGCCCCAGAGCCGUCUUCUAGUCCCGAUGCCAAUCAACAAACAGAUGGUGGUCUGCUGUCACACCUAAUCCCCACUGGUGUUGCGGAUUCUUCUACCCAGCAAGAAUCGAGUGCGCCUGCUCCAACUGCCUCACCAGCGGAGCCCCAGGGCAGUGCGUCGCCUACCGAACAGUCGACAACUCAGGGAUCCGCUACCAAAACGGCCGCUCCCUCUUCAACAUCAUCAGCAAGUAAUCCAUGGGAAAAUCUUAUCCCUGAUGGAGUUACUGGUAACCCUGGGACAGACCUGGGUAAUGGACUCCAGGGUCUCUUGGGUCUCCUGUCUCCAACGUUCCUCAAGGAUGUUGAGUCAUUUUUCCACCACUUUGCCUAUCUAUUUGACGACAAGACUACGGAACAGACCAAGUCUCUCAUUAAUAUUGGAUCCGGCCUUCUAACUCAAGACUUGAUCAAGGAAUUGAAUAGUCUGCUGAGCAACGCGGGCAAACUGUUGACAUCUGACUUUGUUGAUGAGAUCCAGAAAUUGAUCAAACAACUUGGCCCUCUUCUUACGGAUGACCUGUUCAAGCAGAUUGCCACAUUGUUGAACAAUGGAAACGACCUUCUGACCGCUGAGUUUGUCAAGGAGGUCAAUGCUCUGAUCGGAAACGCCAACCAACUACUGACAGCUGAAACUGUUAAGGAGCUGCGGCAACUUAUCGAUUCCCUUGGUCCUCUCUUGACUCCUGAACUCUUCAAGGAAAUUAGCGGCCUCCUUAACAAUGCCAACGAUCUGUUGACUGCGGACUUCGUCAAGGAGAUCAAGAGUUUGAUCUCUGCAGUGGGUCCUCUCUUGACUCCUGAGCUCUUCAAGGAAAUCAGCGGCCUCCUUAACAAUGCCAACGAUCUGUUGACUGCGGACUUCGUCAAGCAGAUUAAGGGCUUGAUCAACUCGCUUGGCCCUCUACUUACACCUGAACUCUUCAAAGAAAUCAGUUCGCUACUGGAUAAUGCCAACAGCCUGCUGACUAAGGACUUCGUUGACACGGUCAAGAACCUGCUCAACGAGGCCGGUCCUCUACUUAAGCCUGAAUUGUUCAAACAGAUCAGCUCGCUGCUGGAUAAUGCCAACAACCUGUUGACCCCAUCGUUUGUCAAUGAGACUACAGGCUUGAUUGACACUAUCUCUCCUAUAUUGACACCUGACCUGCUCUUGAAGGUCGAGAAGUUUGUCAAGGAGACCAGCGGUUUGAUUGACGGCAUUGCACCAGUCAUCACUCCUGAACUUCUGGGACUUGUUGGUGGUCUCCUUGCAAAUGCCAAUUCUCUCCUGACACCGAAGUUUGUCAAUGAGACUCGGGACUUGAUUGAUGGAAUCUCACCUGUCCUUACACCUGAAUUGCUCACGCAAGUCGGUAGUCUUCUCAAUAACGCCGGCAAGCUCCUGACGAGCGAGUUCAUUGAUGAAACGAAGGGCCUGAUCGGCAAUGUGGCACCUGUCAUUACCCCCGACCUGCUGGAGGAUGUCGGCUUCCUUCUCGGCAACGCAACGAACCUCCUUACACCCAAGUUCAUCAACGAGACGAGAGACCUCAUUGACGAUGUCUCGCCUGUUAUUACCCCAGAGCUACUCGGCGAAGUUGGUGGCCUUCUCGGCAACGCCAACGACUUGUUGACAAAGAAAUUCAUCAACGAAACACAGAUUUUGAUCGAAGAUGCUUCUGAGAUACUCCCUGUCGUGGUGAAGAUUCUGGGUACACUGUGA